AUGACUUUCGCAACUAAGGAAGACCAUGUGCUUUUCGCUGUGCCGCAAUAUCCUGCAGUGCUUUCGCAACGCUUUCAAGGUUGCAAGCCAGGCACUGUAUAUCAUGCGAACCUUCCUAGCAAUUUUGUCAGAUGUCUAGCGGUCAAUGGCAAGGAAGAAGAGAGCGGUUUCUUACCAUGGGUUUGGUCCUCCCCAGUGAGCCCAGACGUGAAUUGGCUGGAUUUCCAUGUCGAUGUAGGAACAGAAAAGUUGCACCUGUUGAAUCCAGAUGGCAAAUUUUUUAUUGUAAAACACACCCUGAAUCAAAGUCUUCCGCAUACCGAGGAUAUAUAUACCAUGGUGGGAUCUAGGCAGCAACAAUGCGGAGGUGCUCGUAAUCAGACUGCGUGCCGUAAGCACGGCUUUGGAAUCUUUCCAAGUUCCAGCGCUGCAGAUAAACAGAUGAUAUGUGCUUGUCUUGGAUUGGCUAGUAACCAUAUGGAUGGCUCCCAUCCUGACAAGAUUGUCGCUGAUAGUGAUUGGCCAGCUAGAAAAUUUGAUCUGUACGAACAUGUGAUUGCUGAGCGAAACUCCUUGAUGCAAAACCCGGAACGGACGGCCUUUCGCCUGGUGACUCGGCCAGAUACACCUUUUCCAUACGUAGAAUUGUAG